CAUUAUCUUUCUGGGACAAGUUUACAAAUAUGAAUUCUACUACUACACUCUCUUAAAUAAAAUAUAUAUAAAAUCUGGUUUUCGUAAGAAAGCGAGGACAAAUGUAUAAAAAAGUUAUAUAUUUAAGUAAAUAUAUAAAAGAGAAAGAGAAACAAAGUGAUAGCAGCACAUACUAUAGAUUAUUAUUGUAAAUUAAAGCUGGAUGUAUAUAAAUAUAUGACAUAUAAACAAGAAUGAUUCACUGGUGAUCAGAGGUCCGAGGUCUUGUGAAUUUCCAAUGUAAAUAUCAUAGAUAAUUUAAAGUAUGUCAAAGUAUGAACUGAAAGAUGAUGAAGAUUAUUGGAACAGCAGCGAAGGACAUUCGUUUAGCUUUGAUCAGAAUAAUGAGCCGGACAACUUGUUUGGAAUUUCAAAAAAUGGCACCGCUCAGCUCAGAGCUGGAAUUUCCAACAUAAAUUCGCCGACUGAUCCUGCUCCUUCUUAUCUAACUCCAGAAAGUGCUGAUUCAACAUUUAAACCCUUGCUGGCGAUUAUAUCUGAGCCGGUUUUGAUGACAAUCCUGAAUGCUGAUAACAGACAUCUGAUAUCGGACAAUAAAUUAAAUGUCAAUCCUUCAGUUACUGUGAGAAGAAUAUUGUUGGGACAAACUUAUUCCCUGGAGAAUUACAAGUCGCUGAGUAAUAAAACGGCAUUACUUGAUGCUGCAAUUGCAAGUGGCAGUGGCAAUGUGAUAUUAAUAGUUACAUUAUUUAUUAUCAAGACUCUGAAAUCGGGACUGAGUCAAAAGAUUUUUAUGGAGAGACUUGAUGCCAUUAAUGUUUACGUUCAUUAUUUGUCGACAAGACUCCAAGUCAAUGAAGUCACGGAUCUUUUAAUGAUGCAGGGUAGAUUAGUAGACGCAGCAUUUAAGAACUUGGCGAUAACAAUUAAGAAUACUCGGGAUGACGGGAGGCUGCUGCAGAAGUUGAUUAAAUGCUACAAAACUCAGUUUGUUAAUUUUACUGAGUACAAGGAGAGUUUAUUUGUCAAUAAUUAUAUAAAGUUGUUGGAAUGGAAAAUAGCCUUGAAUAGUGGAGGCAAUAAAAAUUUAGCAAACAACAACGUGCUUGAUUGCUUGAAAUAUAUUUGCGAGAACAAUUGGAAUAGUUCUCAGGAUGCGUCUGUUUCGCCGGCUAGGAUUUUUGCGAACCAGCAUGACAUCACUCCAAGGCAGUAUCAGAAGACGGUGCUGAAAACUCGGGUUUCUGUUCAAGCUUGGGAUGAUGUUAAUAAUAUACUCUUAUCAAAGGGAUGGCUAGGAAGCGAAAAGUUACAAUCGAAUUUACCAAUUGAAGAUAUUUUAAAAAUUUUACAUCAGGGCCAGGCACCUACGAGUGUAAUUGAGAAGUAUCUAAAGUAUGUUGAUAAUAUGAGAAAUAGAUUGCAGCUCGCUAAAAAUUAUGGAUGUGCCAAAGCAGUUGUAGAAAUACUCGGACUACUGGGCGACCGGACAGCUCUCUUAGAAUACAAAGACACUUUGACGCUCCAAUCUGAAGCCCAUUUUUUAGCUGAAAAAACCUUAGCCUCGGUAACAAUAAGAUGGAAAUCUUAAAAAGUAAUUUUAAACUGUCUGCUGAUCACCAACAUGAUCAGCGAUACUGGACACCGGUAACUGGCUAUGCUGAAGAUCCGGAAGUUAGUAUCCAUGAACUCAAGUUUGAAGUCAGUGGAAUUUUAUUACAGAUGAUUGACAGUUCCCUUGUGCACUAAUUUUUUUAGUAGGGAUUCCUGCUGAUUUUUAGCUGCCUGUGAAUUUUCUUGGCACUUAUGCGCGCGCAUUUUAAAAAUUCACUUUUAUAAUUUUUUCAUAACGCGCCA